AUGGAGCAAAUUCAACAGCUGAAACGCCGCACAACAGACCUCCUCCAGUCACUUCCGGAGACGCUCUCGCCGACCAAGACCACGUUCGGCAAUAUCUUCUCGUCGUCCCAGUCCGCUGCCCCACAGGAUGACUCCCUAAAGGGCACCUGGCAGCGCGUCGCCAUUCCAUCGCUGCCCCGCUCUUCGUCCUCUAUCAAUGUCAUUGCCGGCACCGCUUACGUCUUUGGCGGCGAAAGCGUCAAUGCGCGCAAGCCCGUCGACAACGUCAUGCACGCACUGGUCCUGCCGACGGGCAGCGCUUCGGCCGACUACUAUACCAUCAAGGCGGCGCCGGCCAAGAAGCCGGCGGUACCCGAGGCGCCCAAGCUGACCAUCUCGGAGCCGCCGCCGGAGUCGGACCCUGUCGCCAUUGUCGAGCCGCAGUUGGUGACACCGGACAGCACAGUCAGCGGUGAGGAGGCGGAGACGGCGACCACAGCCACUGGCAGCGAGGGACAGGGGGAGGCGGCCGAGGCGAUCGGCCUCGACAGCAAGGACGCCAAAGGCAAAGGCAGGGUCACCGAACAGGACUCGACGGGUGCCGUCGACGAGAUCCCGCUGCCGGGCCCGGCGCUGGGCGAUGUGCCGUCACCGCGUGUCGGGCACGCCACGGCCGUCAUUGGCAACCGCAUCUUCUUGUUUGGCGGCCGGGGCGGGCCGGACAUGAAGCCGCUCGAGGAGCGUGGCCGCGUGUGGGUGUUUGACACCAAGACGCAUACCUGGAGCUUCCUGGACCCGCUGGCCCCGUCGGCGCCGGUGCCGCUCCAGGCCGUGCCCGAGACGGGCCACGCAGCCACAGUGGCCACGACGGCGGCGGCGCCCUCGUCGGUCAACCGCCCCAUCUUCCCCGAGGCCCGCAGCUACCACGCGGCGACGGCCUCUGAUCUGCCGGCCAGCGCCGACGACCCGCUCUCGUCGUCCUUUGCCAAGCGCGGCCGUGUCAGCAGCUGGAAGGAGUGGGUCGAGGGUGACAUGGCCGAGGUGGGCACGCCGCAGCGGCCCAUUGUGGGCAACAUUGCCGCGCGCGCCCGCGACGCCGACAGCGACGGCUAUGGCACGUUCAUUGUGCACGGCGGCUGCCUGGCGAGCGGUGGCCGCACCAACGACCUGUGGGCCUUUGACGUGCGCACGCGUGUGUGGCAGGCGCUGCCGUCGGCGCCUGGCCUGCCCCGCGGCGGCACGUCCAUCUGCAUCAGCCGCAACCGGCUGUACCGCUUUGGCGGCUUCAACGGGUCGACCGAGGAGGGCGGGCGCCUUGACUUUUUGCAGCUGGAGCUGAACACGCUGACGGACACGAGCGUCGACAACGCCGACGUCACCCUGGCUGCCAAGGGCGCCUGGCAGAGCAUUGUCGCCGAGACCAGCCCCGUCGUGUCCAACACGGCGUCGGUCGCUGCCGACUCGGCCGCGGCCGAAGAGGCGACGGCCGGGCGUGACAGCGAUGCUGCGCCGCUGGUUUCGGGCGCCACCUGGCCCGGCGACCGCUCCGUCUCGAGCCUCGAGACCAUCUCUGCGGGCGGCGGCUGGGAGUACCUGGUGCUGGCACUGGGUGAGCGCACGCCGAGCGGCACGGGCCACGAGGCUGCCGGCACGUUUUGGCGCGACGUCUGGGCCUUCCAGGUGCCCUCGGACAACUUUAGCGCGGCCAGCGUGUCCAAUGCCGUGCGCUACGUGCUGCCGCGGCGGCUGUUUGGCGGCGCCUCGGGCGCCGGCGAGGGCCGCUGGUCGCGCGUGGUGACGGCGCCCUACGACGCGGAUGACGACACGGCGGGCGAGGGUCCAGAGUUUGGCCCGGAGGCGCGCGGCUGGAUCGCGAGCUCGCGGAUUGGCGAGCUGGAGGAGAACGGCAUUGUCAUCUUUGGCGGCCUGAACGAGAAGAACCAGCGGCUGGGCGAUGCCUGGAUUUUCCGUCUGGGUGCCGAUACGCGCGAGUAA